UUAUCUCAUCGUAUUAUAUACUAUUAUGAAUAAAUGAGCUAUUAUAUAUUUUAAUAAUGGUAGUAUAUACUAUAUAUUUUAUGGGUAUUUCAUUAUCCAAAUAAAUAAAAAUUAUACGUAAAACAUUUAUUUAAACUUUUCUUUUAUAACUUAUUAUAUGGUGAAGUUUUUGUUCCUAGAUAGUAUAAAUAAUUCUUAAAAGAAAUCAGUGGUACAACUAAUUCAGAUAAGAUGUCGAAAACUAUGAGCAAUUCUGGUAAAAAAGGACAAUCAAUCAGACGAUCUUUGAGAAAUGUUGAUGUGGAAAAUAUUAAUAAAGAACUUGCCAAAGUUAAUGAAUGUAAAACCAAUGAGAAUUAUGAAACAAUAGGUCAAAUCAAUUCCAACACUGCUAAGUUGUCAAAAAAAAAGAUUUCUAAAUCAAACUUGAAGAUAAAAUCAGGCAAAAAUAAUAAAUACAUUGAUGAUUCUGAGUCAGAUGAUAACCAAAGUACUGCUAAUAAGUCAAAAGAAAGUAUCCCUAAAUCAAAUUUAAAAAAAAAAUCAGGCAAAAAUAAUAAAUACAUUGAUGAUUCUGAGUCAAAUGAUAAUGUUGACGAACUGACAAAAACUGAUGACGGUAAACCCAGUGAGAAUGAUGAAAUAUUGUUUCAUUUGAGCAAUUCUGGUAAAAAAGGACAAUCAAUCAGACGAUCUUUGAGAAAUGUUGAUGUAGAAAAUAUUAAUAAAGAACUUGCCAAAAUUAAUGAAUGUAAAACCAAUGAGAAUUAUGAAACAAUAGGUCAAAUAAAUUCCAACACUGCUAAGUUGUCAAAAAAAAAGAUUUCUAAAUCAAACUUGAAGAUAAAAUCAGGCAAAAAUAAUAAAUACAUUGAUGAUUCUGAGUCAGAUGAUAAUGUUGACGAACUGACAAAAACUGAUGACGGUAAACCCAAUGAGAAUGAUGAAUUAAUUAAUCAAAUUGACUCCGAUGAGGAUACUACUAAAUUGUCAAAAAAAAAGAAUUCUAAAUCAAACUUGAAGAUAAAGUCGAGCAAGAAUAAUGAACACCUUAAUGAAAAUUCUGUUGACCAAACUGAUUCCAAUCCAGGUACUAGCAAUUCUCCAAAAAAACAUAAAUCAAGCUUAAAGAGACACUCAGGCAGAAAUAUUAAAUAUUGUGAUGAUACAAAAUCUGAUGAAACUACUGAAAAAUUAUUAGACGAUAGUAAUGAAGAGCAUACUGAGGAGUCUUAUCUUAAGUACAGUAAAAACAAGAAAGCUAAAAAACCUGUAAAAGAUUUUACUACCAAACCAAAAAAAACUGAAACAGCUGAUGAUAAAAAUUCAUCAGAUGAAUUGAGUGAUACCGAGUAUGAAGUUCAAAAAAUUGUAGAGGUAAAAUUCUUUAAAAAUGGAAAACGUGAAUUUUUAAUUCGAUGGAAAGGCUAUAAAGCUGAAGAUGAUACUUGGGAAAAAGAAGAGAAUUUGAACUGUAAGGAACUUCUCCAGACUUUUUUGGAAAAUUUGGAACAGAAUAAAAAUUUGAUUGAUAGAGAAUUGCGACAAAAGCGUGUUGCUACAAAACGUUUAAUUAUGAAUGUCGACCAUUUAAAAAGAAGAGCAAGCAAGAGACCGCGCAUAGAGAUAAAUUACCAAGAAGAUUAAAAAAAUAUAUAUGUAUAUAUAUAUAUUUAGCGUACAAACGAUUAUUUGAAAAGUUCAACUACAUGUGUACAUAUUUCAGUAUUUACAGUAAUUAGUAGUUUUUGUGUUUUUAUACUGUUUGUAAAAUAGUAUUAUAUUUCUUUUAUACAUUUUAAGGGGGCUCCUUAAUUAAUAAAUGGUGUAACAUGCAAAGAAAAUAUUAACAAAUUCUGUUUAAACUAAUAAGGAUUCAUAUUCU